UGCCUUUGAAGUUUUAAGGUUCCUCUUGGAAGAGUCCCAAACUUACACACUCAGCCCUUAUCAGUAAUGAUAUUGAUGUUUAUGCAAAACAUACAAAACCUACAUAUUACAAUAAUGUGAUUAUUAAUUUUCCUGAACUUCUGAUGGCUCUUGGAUCAGAGGACAAUCAGCACAUUUUUCACCAAGCAUUUAAGGAUCUUCACAAAAUAGCACUGAUGGGUUUUCUCUGGGUUGAGAUCCUGGGCUUGGGUGAUAAAAAAUAAAGUCAGGAAAUUCAGGAGACAUGGGUAGGGAACUGCCUUAAGUUAGGGUUUCUGUCGCUGUGAAGAGACACUAUGACCACGGCAACUGUUAUCCAGAAAGUAUUUAAUUGGGUGGCUUACAUUUUCAGAGAUUUAGUCCAUUAUCAUCAUGGUGGGCAGCAACAGGAAGUGGUCUGAGACACUGGCUGUGGCUUGAGCAUAUAUGAGACCUCAAAGCCUGCCUCCACAGUGACACACUUCUUCCAACAAGGUGGCAAGCAAUCCAACAAAAAGCCACACCUCCUAAUAGUGCCACUCCCUUUGGAGGCCAUUUCUUUCAAACCACCAUAGGAACCUUUACCUCAACCUCAAUUCCAAGGCCUAGCUUAUCCAGAAAGUAUUUAAUUGGGUGGCUUACAUUUUCAGAGAUUUAGUCCAUUAUCAUCAUGGUGGGCAGCAACAGGAAGUGGUCUGAGACACUGGCUGUGGCUUGAGCAUAUAUGAGACCUCAAAGCCUGCCUCCACAGUGACACACUUCUUCCAACAAGGUGGCAAGCAAUCCAACAAAAAGCCACACCUCCUAAUAGUGCCACUCCCUUUGGAGGCCAUUUCUUUCAAACCACCAUAGGAACCUUUACCUCAACCUCAAUUCCAAGGCCUAGCUUCUGCUUUUCAUUGUUUGGGAGUCAAGUUUUAAUACAACCACCUCAAACAAGAGGAACAUGGCAACUCACAAACUGCUUAAGACAAUGCAUAUGUGACUCUGAGUGUAGCUGUCAGAACUCCCCUCUCAUCCCUAAACCUGAACAGUGCAUCUCAUAAACAACCCCAUGAGUUCACUCACAAAAGGAAAUUCUUGAAGAGAAACAAGUAACCUCCUCAUAAACUUUUACUUAAUUUUUGAGCUGCUUUAUUAAACUUUGCAUGCACUCGUGCAUGUGUGUGUGUGUGAGUGUGUGCGUGUGUGUGAGUGUGUGUGUGUGUGUGUGUGUGUGUGUGUGUGUGUGUGUGUACAUUUUGCUGCAGUGCUGGUCCUUGAACCUAGGAUCUGUCACAUGAUAGAUAGGUGCUUUUCACUGAGACACAUUCCCACUGUUUUCAGUGUGAUUUUUAUUGAGUUUGGACCCUCUUUCUCUAGCCUCUCCAGUAGCAGGGUUUACAGUUUUGCACACCAGGUCUAGCCACGGUUACUGUUAAGACACAAGCACACCCCUUUUUCUGAGACACCCACCCUCAAUUUCUUCUUAACACACAUGAACUUUUUCUCAUACUGUCUUGUCCUGAAAUUCUCUUCUGUGGCAAGAGUUAAGAUCCCUGCUUCACAAGGGUAGGUGUCUCCAGAAGGAACUCAGGCUGAAGCUCUGGCUGAACGGGGUCACAUGUUCCACCUUGGUUGACGUUCUCACAUCACGCCCUUGUCAGACUUCUCCAGAAUGGACUGGGUUUUACGCCUUCCUCCUACUUGGGCAUCAUGUUUCCUCUUCUUCUGACAUGUUUUCAUUUUGUAGCCCAUGGUGGCCUCAAACUCAGGGCAAUCCCCGCUCCUGCCUCAGUUUCCUUAGUAUUGGGAUUAUAAGCAUGUUGCCACCACGCCCAGCUGUGAGCACUCUUCUCUCCAGACUUGUCCCGUGGAUAAACUCUGGGAAGAACGUUUCUCAACACACCUGCAGCCACAUCUACCAGCCCAGCCACUUUAGGGGAUUGUAGACUGUGAUUCUAGCUUUAUAAUUUUAUAGUUAAUUAAGGGGCGGGCAUCUUAUCUAGAUCCAGGGGAAGCAGCGUGCCUCUCACAUGCUCUGUGGAGUGUUUACUAGGCCGUGCUCCCUUCAAGAAGGCCUCACUCUGGAGUUUCGGGAUCAUUCUAGGAACUCCGUCUAAUUCCACGGGUAGACGGCGAAGACGUCUGUGUUACUUCCGUCACAUCUAUAAAUAAUUUCGAUGAGAAUUCGGGCCUGAAAAGCUGGUUUUCUUCACCAGUUAGAAGCCACAUGUAUAGGAGACUCCUCCGGACAGGUUGGGUGCGUUUUCUACCAAAAACUACUUUUGAAUUUGCAAGGAAAAGAGAAAGUUUCCUUCGCCUUCGUGAGUUUGGUUGACAAUCAAGGGCUUUUCCCACUAGUUCUGGCCUGCAGGAACAUUUGUCAACAAAAGGUAAAAAGUCAGGUGGAUCCCGAGGCCUCCUGGGUCACCUGGUGUCACACCCUGAGCGAUUCUGCAGCGGACACACAUGGGAGUGUCUACUUUUGGGGGGGAAAGAAACACAAACACCCCUCCUCCGGGGGCGGGGGAGGCUCCUGGGGAUGCACCAAUCACAGCGCGCCCCGCUCUAUAUAAGGCCCCCCCUCCGCCCCGAGACCCCCCUGCGCUGUUGGUGCUUUUGCCUUUUCCCGCUGGUGUCGUUCUCGCCUAACUCUCGGCCAUGUCGGAAACGGCUCCUGCUGCCUCCUGCAGCCUGGUCCCAGCUCCUGUCGAGAAGCCGCCGCCUAAAAGGCGAGGGAAGAAGCCAGGCCUCGCCGCGGCGCGCAAACCCCGGGGUUUCUCGGUUUCCAAGUUGAUCCCCGAGGCCCUUUCGACGUCCCAGGAACGGGCGGGAAUGUCGCUUGCGGCCCUGAAGAAGGCGCUGGCGGCCGCCGGCUACGACGUGGAGAAGAACAACAGCCGCAUCAAGCUGGCCCUCAAGAGCCUGGUGAGCAAGGGGGUCCUGGUGCAGACCAAGGGCACCGGCGCCUCCGGCUCCUUCAAGCUCAGCAAGAAGGCGGCCCCCGAGAGCGUCAAGGGUAAGGUCAAGAAGUCGGCUUCGGCCAAGGCCAAGAAGCUGGGCCUGCCCAGGGCCUCGAGGUCCCCCAAGAGCACCAAGACCAAGGUCGUCAGGAAGCCGAAGGCGACGCCCACCAAAGCAUCCGCCAAGACCAAAGGCGCCAAGGGGGUGCGGCCGCCGCGGAAAAGCCCCGCCAAGGCGAGGGCGGCCAACCCCAGCGCUGGCAAGCCCAAGAUGGUCCUGCAGAAGACCGACCCGAAGAAGGCGGCAGCGAGGAAGUGAGCUGCAAAGCCAGCUUCCAAAAACCCAAAGGCUCUUUUAAGAGCCACUUCCAUAACUUGUAAAAUGGCGAGACACUUUUAAAGCGAACGAGCUGGGCAGUCGCCUCGGGUGGGUCUGUCUUCUAAAGCCCAGAGUUAAGACGUUUGGGGGCCCCUCGGUGCAGCCUGUUUACACGCUUGGUUUGGGUGUCAGUGCUUUCAUAUCAGCAUGAGGGUCACCGUAGGCGCAUUUCAUUUCUAGAAACGCCACCGUAUCAAGGAAGGGAGCAGAGAUGAGCUCGGUGGUUGCUGCCGCUUGGACCGAAUACUGUUCUUCAGUUUACCCUUUAGAACACCAUUAACCGGUGCCCGGGCUUUCAGAACGCCACUACGAACCCAGAUGUUCAGGACUGCAGCUGGAGGUCAUAUGGGUCCCUUCUUGAGUGGAGUAUUUAGGAUUUCCUGAGUGAUAGAUCGAAAAAUACAGCGAGCAGUUUCAAGAAUCUUGGAAGUUUUUGCAGUCUGUCCAUAAAGAUCCAUUCCUGUUCCAUUUUAUAAAGUGGUUUAAUACUAUUGGCCUAACAGUUGCAGUUGAAAUGUUAUGUAUAUUUUAUGAAAAUAACAUGUAGGCUUUGUAAGAUUGACAAGCGCAGUGUUAAAAAUUAAGAACCCCGUUCUUUUAGGGAAAUGUUAGGGCUUGAAUUCAAUGCUCAACGUAGCAAAAAUAGUACUGGGGAAGUCUGGGCUGGAGUACUUAACUCGUGAUCCAGCAGUUUUAUGGAUUAAGUAGUGCUACAAAUAUUAAAUUCAUAUUCAUCUAUUUUAGGCCUUGGUUUUAAGAGUUACAAAAGACUCUAGCAGGGCAGCUUGAGAGAUUGUUUAGUCAAAAACACUUGCUGCUCUUGGAGACCAGAGUUUGGAUAUCAGAACACGCAACAGGUGGUUCAGGACGGCCUGCAACUGCAGCUUCCGGGAAAUCCGACGCCCUCUUCUGGCAUCUGCACAAAUGUGGCGCGCACACACACUGGUUUAAAAUGAUAUAAAGCUGUCGCACAACUAUGCAGCUCGGGUAUAAACAGGUCGUCCCCAAUAAAGAGCGUGCACUUAGGCCUUAUUAAUUAUAAACAAUGAGUAAUAGCUAAGCAUUCAAUAUAUUUAAUUUGUGUAGAACCAGCCUUUGCCCUUACUUAGAUAAGAUGGCCCCUGUCCUGAGCUUGGAAUUGAGGACGGUGCGAGAAUAUGUGUCACACAACUGGCAAGGCCAGGAGUUCUUAAAUGACCGGUACUUUGAGGAGGACUGUGUCAACUCCAUUACAUAAUGGCAGUGGAAAUCUGGCCUGACGCAACCGAUGGUAAGCUUUCAAUGCAUCCAGCAUUGCAACACUUCGCACACACACACGCGAUUUCAGACAAUUCAGGUUACGAUGGGCUUGUAAUUCUCGUUCCUGCUAAAUUCCCGCACUCAGUACUACACGGCGUUACAAACCUGCACAGC